CAAUGGAGGUUAGGAAGGCGAACGGUGUUCAACUGCCAGUAUCGAACAAUUGGCAGAGUCAAAUUGACCAAUUUUUUUUUCAAUCUAAAGAUAUUUUUUGAGAGUUCAAAAUGAAUAUUGACUCAUUAAAAUCGCUUCAUUUCAUCGCGAGAUCUUGAGGAUUUAGUAUUGUGAAGUUGAUGGUGUUCAUGAAAACGAUGCAGUGGCCCCUUCUGGCGUUACUUCGAACAUGUGCCCAUGUGGCGUUUAGUUACCAUGUUCACGAUCAGCUGAUCGGGCUGUCAAAAUUCGCUCCACUCGUGUGUACAUAAUAAACCCAAAAAUGAUGAACAAAAACAUGAACUCCCCAACGAAACUCACGGAAUUCGCUCCAUUGAGUCCUGAGGAUACUCAACCUGUUGUGGCGUCACUCUUCUCCAAGUUCUUCAGUUUCGGAAAAUCCACAACAGGGACUGAAACACCUGCGGUCUCCCCGAAAGACGAAGACCGCAGCUCCUCAGGAGACUCAGAAUCCUGGAAGCAAUUAGACAGUACAGAAAAAACCCCCGAGGAUGACACCUCCACGCAGAUGUCAUUCCCCCUCGAUGCAACCGAGGGUCGCAGUCUUCCAAAUGUCCUCAAACGCAUCAGUAAUAUCGUGGCCUCCAAAAGCAGUAGCUUAAAGUCCUACAAGGACUCCCAGUUGCGUAGCUUUUGGAUGCCUGAUAGUGUAGCGAAACAGUGUUACGAGUGCACGGAAAGGUUCACCACGUUCCGUAGACGACAUCACUGCCGCGUGUGCGGACAGAUCUUUUGCUCCAAGUGCUGCUCCGACGAGAUACCUGGGAAGAUUAUGGGCUGCACAGGAGAUCUAAGAGUAUGCACGUAUUGCUGUAAAGUAGUUCUCUCGUAUCUACAAUCCUCGGACAUGCGAAGUGUCCUAUCAGCGGAUCUGAAGGCUCUCCAAGAAGACCUCCAGGUAAAAUACGGCAGUGAUAUACCGUCCCCUCAUCAAAAGACCCACAUCCCUGAGGACGAGACAACAGUCUACCGAAAGCCCAGUGUCGGUUACAUGGAGGAGAAGUACGCUCUGAGCAGGUCCUCAGGUAGUUACCUCUCCUCCCAAGAGCGCUCCAUCGUCCUCCAGAACUCAGCCUCCCUGAGGAUGAUCUGCGAGGAGCUGUUCAACUCCUCCCAGGCGAUUCUCCUCCAGACUCACUGGGUCCGCCUGAAAACUUACUACAACUGCUUCACAGGAGUCGAACUCGUCAACUGGAUGAUCUCUCAGAAUAAAGCGGCUACGAGGGUCCAGGCAGCGGCUAUUGGCCAGGCCCUCCUAGAGGCUGGCUUCAUAAAAUCAAUCCAGGGGGAGAAUUCCUUCACUGACACAGCCUCAUUAUUCAUUCCCAUCAGUCUGCCCUCCCUCCAAGGUACAAAUUUCUCGGAGGAGCAUCAGUCGACCUGUGACGCACAAGAGCCAGCCUGGGUAAAGAACAUCCCCCAGCACGACUCCACCACGGACUCAGAGAGUGAGACAACGCGCCAGAUUCAGCCCUUCCAGAUCGGUCGUCUGCCCUCAUCGAGCUCAAGCUUCUACCUCGACCUCAAUCUGGAGGCGUCAACGGUCACCCUGAAACGCCCCACGUGUGAGGACCUGAGUGCCUUCCCAUCAGACCUCGAUACCCCGACAGACCAGAAGGAGGUGAACCAACGGGCCCAGGAGUCCGCAGCAGUCUCUGACGAAGUUCUCAAUGACACGUUGUUUCACGUGCAGGAGACGAAAGAGAGAAUCGGCUGGCACAAGGCCAAUAAUUUGAGGAACUCCUUCGGUGAGAUGAGCGCCUACAACAGCCUCUCAGCUGCCUAUAAACAGCACGAGGACUCCCUGAUAAAACAGCUCCUCAACAAGGAGGGACUCUCCCAGAAGUGGUCGGACGUCAUCAAUCCGAUAGCUCAUCAGAUAGUCGAUCAACUGCGACCCGACCUGAACCACGACGCCGACGACAUGGACAUCCGCCAGUACGUGCAGAUCAAGAAGUCCCCGGGGGGCUGUAAAAACGAUUGUGAGAUUGUCUCAGGGGUCGUCUGCAGCAAGAAUGUUGCACACAGGGGGAUGAACGCCAUGAUUGCCCAUCCCAAGAUCCUGCUGCUGCAGUGCGGGCUGAUGUACCAGAGGGUGGAGGGCAAAUUGCUCAGUUUAGAGCCUGUCAUGAUGCAGGAGAACGAAUAUCUGGGGCACACCGUCGCCAGGAUAACAGCUCUCGGUCCGGAUAUCGUUCUUGUUCAUCGGUCUGUGUCGAGACUAGCUCAGGAUAGAUUCCGACAGUGUGGGGUCACUUUAGUGUUGAAUGUCAAACUGUCGGUGCUCGAGAGGGUGGCCAGGUGCACUGGGGGAACCAUCGUCAAUACUAUUGACGCACAGCUGACUGCGAGGUACAAGCUCGGAACUUGCAAGAAGUUCUACCUCAGGAAUUUCCCUGGCAGCAAUAAGACUGGGGUGAAGACUCUCAUGUAUUUCGAAGGCUGUGCAAAUCCGCAUCUGGGGUCAACUGUUUUACUCAGGGGAGGCAGUCCAGCUGAGCUGAAGAAGGUGAAGAAUGUCACCUCGACCAUGAUCUUCGCUGUUUACUCGUGGAGACUAGAGAAGUCCUUUCUGAUGGACGAGUUCGCGAGGCCACCUUCGUUGAAUGACAACUCCUUCCUGGACAGCGAUCACUCUAGGCUGGAGGAGGACAGCCCGCCUAAUGCCGAGAGCUCCAAUGGGCCUUCAGUAAUCAAGGAUGAGCCCUGCAGGCAGAGCACGCCGAUAAAGAAUGAUAAAGCCGAUUCUGGGAUGACGAGCAACGACAAGUUCAAGAGGGUUUCCAAUAUGAUGCAGGAGCCGUGUGACCCCUACGACACUCUGAAGCUCUUCAAGCAGAAGUCCAAAACCCCCGAGGAGGACGUUAAUCUUUCCGAAAGGAAGGACUCUUCUCUGAACGCUUCGAUGACGGGCUCAGCAGAUGAUAUCUCAGUUCUUGAGUCGAGUUCCGAGCAGAACACUUUGGAGUUAUUCAGCGGAACUCUCCGGGACAAGGACAUCAACUGCGACAGGUCAGCGUCGAUCCCAGAAGAAGCGCCGUCAGCGAAGCCAAAAGGACCUGACGACAAGCGAGUCUACGGUGAAUCGAUAUCAGAUAGAAGUGAUCCCCUUCACCAGUACCUGAACGAGGAUGAGGAUCUGUUCCACCGGGCAAGUCCCACCGGUCAGAGCCUCAGCGUGGCAGACCUCCCUCUGUUGAAUAAGUUUAAGAAAUCUCUGGACGACACAAUCCUGAGCUUCUCUCCGUACCUGAAAUUCACGAUUCCCUAUCUGGAGACAGAGCCAGGAAGGAACUGCAUCCUCCGAAGAUUCUUUCCAAAGGAGAUCUUCUACUCUUGUCAGUUCUCCGACAAAGUUGAAGGGACGCGCACCAGUGUUUCGACAGAGGCGCCCCAGGUCUCUGACUCUUCAGAACUGAGGCUGAAGCCCCGCCAUCCCCUGACCCUCGCCAAAAUAACGUCCAAAGUGGAUACGCGAGAAGUUCAGGCUCUCCUCUCGCAUUUUCGAGCCUGUGGGAGUCGUUUAAAUCGUACCAACAACGUCAUCCUCGAGAGGAAGGAGAUGAUGAUGCCAGCGGAGAUGAAUGACACUCCAGUCUGGCCGGACUGCCUGGAUCCCGCGAGCCAUCAGAGGCUUCCGGUCCUCUUCUGUAGCUUUUCCCACAACACAAACGAUGCCCCUGCGUCCUUCUGCGUGAAUCCCUGGGUCGUGAACAUGGACCUGUACGGGCGAAACGACAUCGCCUUGGGGAGAUUCCUGGAGCGUUACUGCCUGACGACCGAGUACAAAUGCCCGGCGCCAUCCUGUCGUGCACAAAUCGCCCAACAUGGUCGACGUUUCGCCCACGAUGGCGGCUGCCUCCAGAUAACCCUGAACCAAAUGAGCAACGAUCCCUUCGGACAGGAGAAUAUCAACCAGAUCCUCAUGUGGAGCAAAUGCGUGGAGUGUAAGAACGUCUCCCCCGUUGUUCCCAUGUCCUCGGACACUUGGAGUCUGUCCUUCGCGAAAUACCUGGAGCUGCGCUUUCACGGGAAUGUCUACAUGGACCGAAGUUCUGAGACGUGCCAGCACUCCCUCCACCACGAUCAUUACCAGUACUUCUCGAAGGGGAAUAUGCUGGCGGUAUUCAAGUACACGAAGAUCAAACUCCUGGAGAUAUCCCUACCACCGCCCCUGAUAAACAUCAGUUACGACGCUGCACAGCAUGCGAACGUCAUCGAUGAGGUCAAGAUGAUUGCGCUGAAGGGUGACGACGUGUUUUCGACGAUCAAGGAGAAACUGACGGGCUUGCAGAUCGAGCUUGAGAGUCUGACCGCCAUGAAGCAGCAGGUGGCGAAGGAUCAGCUGUACUUCAAGACAAAAAUAGAGGAGGUACAGCUCAAGCUGACGUCUCCGACUCUCGAGAACAAGAAGCUCGAGGGGAAGCCGUCGGCGAGGCAGGUGCAGAAUCUCAUGUUCAGAAUCGAGGAUGGCCUGGUGAUUCUGAAGCGUCUGAUAUCCGAAGCGGUUUUCUACUGGAACACAAGGAUAACAGAGAUCGCGAGCAAGAAGAGGGACGAGCGUCCAAGACGAUUCACGGAGAGAUCGCUGACUGCUGGCAGUAGUGGAUUAAUCGACACCGAUGGUUAUAUCACUGAGGACACGGCGUCGGAGAGUCAGAUGGAGGAUUCGAGCCCCAUGUCCGCGGAUUACAACGCCAUCGAUGCUAUAUCAGCUGUUCAUACCGAUGUGCAACAAAAUGAGGCUCUUGAACACUCGGAUGGAGAGAUUCCGGAGAGUACCAACCCCGCGGACAUCGUCAUCAUCCACGGCUCUCCGAAGAUGCAUCAGAGAUCCCACUCGGAUGUACUGCCGAUUUCCUCGGAAGACGUGCCUGACAGACGGAAGAAGAAGAAAACGAUUCUGUCGCAGCUCCUGCCGUCUGUAUCGAAUGUCUCACCGAUUAUUAAUCCUCUGGGAGCACUGGAGCAUCACCUCCUGCCAUUGGGAUCGGUUGUACCAAUCGUUGUUUACGAGUCCGAGCCGUCGUCCAUCAUCGCUUAUGCACUCGACUCUCAUGACUAUAAACACGCCUUUCAGGAGACCAGAGAGACCAGAGGAGAUCAGAGCUCCAGUCCUCUGAACAAGCGGAAGUUUGUGGAGAACAAGGAAACAGUUUUUGAGACGACGCAGUCCGGGGACUUCAAGAGGCCUUCGGUCCUGUCUUUCCUGCGGGGCGCCAGCCCCAGCCCAGCGAGCCCCAACGAGAACGAGAGGAGCAUCUCCACGGCUGAGGGAAAUCCUCAGAGUGGGCCUCAAGUCGACACUGACGAGGAUAAGAGAGCCAUCAAGCAGCAGAACUACAUCGAGGUCCAGUUCGCCGACGCUACCACUAUUUUUUACUGCCGGAUCUACUUCGCUGCGCAGUUCGCAGCGCUGAGGGAAAGUGUUCUACCCUGUGGGGAGGACGGAUUCACCAGGAGUCUCUGUAGAAGUGUUCAGUGGGCUGCCAAGGGUGGCAAGAGCGGCAGCACCUUCUGCAAAACACGGGACGAUCGGUUCAUUCUCAAGGAAAUGUCGAAAAUGGAGAUGCAGAUUUUUCUGGAUUUUGCCCCCAACUAUUUUGCAUACAUGGAAAAGUGCCAGCAGACCAUGCAGCCGACCCUCCUGGGGAAGAUCGUGGGGGUCUACAGGGUGUCAUUCAAGAAUAAUACGACUAACGCUGCUUUGCGCAGCACUGUGCUUGUCAUGGAGAACUUGUUCUACGAUAGGACCAUCACUGCUAAGUUCGAUCUCAAGGGCUCAAUGAGGAAUAGACUGGUUAAUCCUGAGGAUAUAGCUCAGGAGGGAGAACUGGUGCUGAUGGACGAGAAUCUGCUGAAUAUGAGCUGUGAUUCACCGCUAUAUAUUAGGCCUCAUUCCAAGGCAGUCCUCAAUAAGGCUAUUGAGCAGGACACGAAAUUCCUGGCCGAUAAUUCAGUUAUGGAUUAUUCACUGCUGGUGGGACUUGAACCCAAGUCUGGGGAACUUGUGCUGGGCAUUAUUGACUACAUAAGAACCUUCACGUGGGAUAAAAGAUUGGAAACAAUGGUGAAGAAGUCUGGCAUUCUGGGUGGACAGGGUAAACUUCCAACGAUAGUAUCCCCCGAGGAAUAUCGAGCGAGGUUCAUAGCAGCGAUGCACAGGUACUUUCUCCCAGUGCCAGACAGAUGGACUGGCCUAGGACGUGGAGUCGAGUCUCCCUGAUUUAUGUAAAUAAUUUUAUCAUUUUCACCGCACGAAAAUCGUGAUUCCAUUACUUCACUACUUUUGUACAUUUUUAGUAAACGACGAUUGCAAAAAAAAAAUGAUAACCAAAGUAUUAAGGUCCUGUGACCUAUAAAAAAAUGCGAAUGUAUGAAAGCACCAUUAUUAAUUAUUUAUUUCAGACAACAUUAUUCUUCUUGUCUUAUAAUUAUGUACAUGAAUAUUAUCUUUCAAUAGUAAAAUAAACAAUAAUAAUUGUAAACAUAAUUAUAGUCGAAUAAGUAGUCUAACGAUUUUUCUUUCAAUUUUUCAUUUCAAUCAAAGACCAAGGGACAACCCGAGAGCAUUUAUCAGUUGGUUAUUCCUCGAGUACAUUCGAAAUAUUAAAAUAAUAAUUGAAAAUCAUAAUUGUUGCAUACAUUGCGAUGUAUGCCGUAAUAUAACACGAUAAUUGUAUUUACACUGGAUAUUACGUGGAGGAAAAAUACUAAUAUUUUCACUGAGAUGAGAAGAAAAGAUAAUGUAGAUCAGAUACAUGAUUUGUACAUUGUCUUGCUAGGAGUACUAUUCAACAUCUUCAUAGUUGAUUUCAUUGACAAUACAAUUUCAUUUCGUAAUGGUAACAAAAAUUUUACUGAUAAUCAUCUUGAAAUAAUGAUAGUUCCCAGUGGAGGCAUACUACUAUCAAUAAACCAAUUAAUUCAAUUAAUUACCGUCCAAUGCUGAGAUCCGUGGUAAUUGAUAUUGAAGGUAGAAAUCAUACAUGACGAAUAAAAAAAAAUCACAAUCACUGCCGUUGAUAUCGUCAGAUUCAAUUGACGAAGAAACACGACGAAGUUAUGGUACAUCUGAUUGCAAAGAAUAAAAUAAGAUCGGAAAGAUGAUUUACAUAUCUUUUGUCACCAUCUCUUCAAAUUGGUUAAGACUCUCAACUUGUCCACACGCUCAAUCUGAAUCUUUCAUCGAUUGUUUGACCUCGUUAAAAACCCACGCAACAUCCAUUUCCUCCUCAUCAUCCAAAAUCCUUAAUUCAACUCAAAUUCAACCGAAAAUUGAAUGACUUCAUGAUGUUGAUAAUUACC